AUUGAUACCACUGUUGUCAACACUGAUGACACUAACUGCUGGACUUGUUUACAUUUCUUAGCAUUUCUUAAUUUUACGAAAUUUUACCACUGUCAAGAGUUAGGCGGUACUAAUCAUGUCGGAGGACCAUGGCAAGGACUACACUCUGGAGGGCGACUCCGAGCUACGUUUCGAGAUCGAGCAAAAGGACGCCAAAGUGUUGGUCUCCUUAGUUAAUGGCUUUGCCGAGCUGUUCGGCACGGAGCUGGUGAAAAAGAAGAAAUACGAGUUUGGCUUGGGUGCUAAGGUGGCGAUAUACACCUUCCAGGGCUGUGUGCUGCACGUCUCCGGCAAAAUGGACGUGUGCUACAUCUCCAAGGAGACGCCGAUGGUGCAGUAUGUGAAUUGUCACGCGGCACUUGAGCAGUUUCGUGCCGAGGCGGAGGAGAAGGACCGCCGCGGUCCUGUCGCCAUGGUCGUGGGUCCCAUGGACGUGGGCAAGAGCACGCUCUGCCGCAUUCUCCUCAACUAUGCGGUGCGCGUGGGUCGCCGGCCGCUGUACGCUGACCUGGAUGUGGGCCAGGGCGCCAUUGCCAUAUCAGGAAACGUGGCCACCAUACUUAUUGAGCGACCAGCUAGCGUGGAAGACGGAUUCCCCAAGACAGCGCCGCUGGUCUACCACUUUGGCCACAAGUCGCCAAGCGGCAACAGCGUCCUGUAUAACGCUGUCGUCUCCAAGAUGGCCGAGGUCACGCUGCAAUCGAUGAACAACAAUAAGCGCACAAAAAGCUCUGGCAUUAUAAUCAACACCUGCGGAUGGGUCAAGGGCUCCGGAUAUGCCCACCUUUUACACGCUGCCCAGGCCUACGGAGCCUGCGCUAUCUUCGUUCUGGACCAGGAGCGCCUCUACAACGAGUUGCUGCGCGAUGUGCCCAAGGGCGUCAAUGUGGUGCUGCUGCCCAAGAGUGGCGGCGUUGUGGAGCGCAGCAAAGAGCUGCGCCACGAGUCGCGGGAUCAGCGCAUCAAGGAGUACUUUUAUGGCAAUGCCCGCACACCCUUCUAUCCGUUCAGUUUCGAGGUGAAAUUUCAAGAUCUGCGGCUGUACAAGAUCGGAGCACCUCCGCUGCCGGACUCCUGCAUGCCCAUCGGCAUGAAGGCCGAGGACAAUAAAACAAAAGUGGUGGCCGUCACGCCCACUCCAGCCCUAAUCCAUCAUGUGCUGGCGCUCAGCUUUGCCGAAUCCGUGGAGGAUGAUGUGAUUGGCACGAAUAUCGCGGGCUUUUGUUGCGUGACCGAAGUUGAUAUGGAGCGGCAGGCAGUGAUGUUGCUUUCCCCGCAGCCGCGACCUUUACCCCCGAAUGCGCUGCUCCUGUGGUCAGAGCUGCAGUUUAUGGACAAUCAUACAUAGCAUUUGUAAAUCUUUUUGUUUAAAUUAUUCGGUAAUUUAGAUUAAAAAUGUGUUUAAGAAUCAACAUAUGAAUCAAAUGUUUAUAAUGCUGUAAUCUUAAAAUAUGUAUAAAGUCUGUGCAGUCAGAUAAAGUAAGAUCAUAUGGAAUUUAAAUCAUAAAAUAUUGAAAAUCA